CUUUGAAAUCAGAUUCACAAAUACUAUUUAUUUUUUCUACACUGAAACAACCAGGUUUUCUAAACAUGUAUAAACCAAUUCCUUAUGCAGAACAUAUAGUGAAUGAAGCUUCAAAAAUCAUCAAUAAGCUUGAAUCAUCAUAUAUUGCAAUACAUUGGAGAAUGGAAGGAGCAAUACCCCAAAAUCUGCCAAAUUGUGCUAGAGAAUUAAUUAAAACAAUACAAAAUAUAAGAAAAAAUACUGGAAUAAAUAAUGUUUAUUUAGCAACUGAUUUCCCCUUAACUUACAACAGGAAUGGCAGUAUAAUUAUAAGUAACAAUAUUCUUGACAUAAAACCACAAUCUGACACUUUUCAUAAUAUUACAAUUCAUCACAUUAAAACAAUGAAGAUACUAACUUCUUCAAUAAAAAAUAUCAAGACUUGGAGAUCUUUAAAUGCUUUUGAAUAUUUAAAAUAUAUUGGAAAAGAAGAAGAGAAUAAAGAUAAUCCUUUAGCCAGCGAAUUACAAGGUCCAGGUGUACAAGGAAUAUUAGAUAAAAUA